AUGGAUGUAAAUCAACCAAUCAUAACAACCGGAGAAUUUGCGGGCUUCACAGCAUUACAUGUUGCGUGCAUGGAAAAUGAGAUUGAAUUGGUGCGGUUACUGAUUGAGAAUUAUGGAGCAGAUGUCAAUGCCACGGCUGCUGAUGGGACUCAACCCAUACUUUUGGCUUGUUUUUAUGAAAAAUGCCACGAUGACUUAUGUGAGUAUCCUGAGAACAGUACAACAGGCAUAUUGGCGCAUGCCAAGGCAAAUAAUGAUAUCGAAUUUGGUCAAGAAAUUUUGUCAAAGCACUUUAAAAACAGACAUUGGUAUAACGAUUUCGGUGACAAAAUACCACUAGUUGCUUAUCUUGUUUUGAAUGAUGAAUCAGAAAAAGCUGAUUUUUUUAAAGAAUGUAACGUAAACAUUAUAAGUCUAACGAAUAAAUCAUUGCUGAUGUACCUUGUGGAAAUGGACCGUUCUUUCACCAUUGAAAAAUUAAUGUUAUUUGUUAAGGAUCCACUAUUGAAAGAUAAGCUGAUAAAUCAUCGCGAUGAUUAUGAUGUACCGCUAUCCCAUUAUCCGUUUCAUCCUAAAAAAUAUGGAAAUUUUCGUUGUCACAGAGAUACGGUGUUCGGAACCACUGGCUACAAUUUUUUUAUGGAAUUAUUAAAGUCGGGCGCUGACAUAUGUAUACACUGA